AGUUCUUUGCUCAGGCCUUCGCGCGUGCGCGUCGGCAUUUGCAUGUCUAGCAAUGAAGUUUCUUCGGUUCCUGGUGAUCGCACUUCCUUUUGGACAAGCUGCUAAAUUUGUGGCUCAUCCAGUGAAUGUGGAUGCUUUCGAUGAUGGUGUGAAUCACAACAUUGACGUAGAUGAAACAUACUUUGAGGAGGAGGAUGAAGUUGAAGCAUCAGAGUUGAAGUUGGCAGAGAACAAGGAUGCUCUUGAUGAUGACUCACAGAGCAAUGUUGAGGGUCGUGCUUCGCAUGAUCUUAGUUCCAAUGCCACCAUCUCAGAGGAGAGCCAGGGCAGUGUAGAUGAUGAGGUGCAAAGCGACGUUGAGGAUCAUGGUGCGCAAGAUCUUAAUUCUGAUGCCACCAUCUCAGAGGAAGAAACGGUGGCGGCGCCCGCAGCGGCACCCGCAGUGGCUAUGGAGGCUCCAGAGGCUCCAGAGGAGGAUGUGGACGGGCGCCCGAGUGAAGAAGCUGAUGUUCCGAUGACUGAACCCGCCCUGUUGCAAGAAUCUGCCAGUGAUCGAAUCAUUCCGCCAGAGAGACAGUACGUGGGCAGCCUCACUGACCCAAAGGCCCAUCCAUAUGUCUACACAUCCAGAGAAGCAGCAACAACCGCGUGUCAGCAGUUGGGCUAUCGAGGACUAUGCAGCAAAGGCCAAGUCGAAGGAUGGUCCAAAUGCGCUUGGGGCUGGAUGAGUGACUACAAAGGCUUUUGGUACAAAGAGACAAAGCAGUAUUGUGGCCAUGGCAAAGGGUGGCGCGACGGGAAAGAUAUCAAGAAGAUGGGUGCCUACUGUUGCAACCUCGCCAUGAAUUCUUUGUAUAUCGGAAGUUUGAGCAACCCAGAGAAACAUCCCUAUGUCUACAGCAGCAGAAUAGAAGCAGAGGAGGCGUGCCACAAGGCAGGCUACCGUGGCCUUUGUUCAAAGUCGCAGAUCGAAGGCUAUGCCAGGUGUGCUGCUGGGUGGCUUUCUGACUCAAAAGGCUAUUGGUUUGAUCGUACAAAACAUGGAUGUGGCCACGGACGGGGCUUCAGGGGCUGGGGUGCUGGUAAAGUUGGGGCAUAUUGCUGUGCCCCAACGGUGAACAACAUCCAAUACAUCGGCUCCAUUCAUGAUACGGCUGCUCAUCCAUAUGUGUAUGAUACGCGGUCGGAUGCCGAGAAAGCGUGCAAAGCAGCUGGAUAUCAUGGUCUUUGCAGGAAGGGGCAGGCUGGAGGCUAUUCGAGGUGCGCCGCUGGCUGGUACAGCGACUACAAGGGCUAUUGGUUCCACAAGAAACUGGCAGGGUGUGUGAACCAGCCUGGCUGGGCUGGCUGGGGCGCUGGAAAGGUGGGAGCCUACUGCUGUAACCUUGCGUCCAAUGUUCAAUACAUCGGCUCCUUGAGCAAUCCUAAAGCUCAUCCGUAUGUCUAUGAGACAAAGACUGAUGCCGAGAAAGCAUGCAGCACUGCUGGCUACCAACGACUUUGUCGAAAGUUUGAAAUCGAAGGCUUUGCAAAGUGCGCUGCUGGAUGGUUGGCGGACUACAAAGGAUACUGGUUUGAUCGCACGAAAAGCGGCUGUGGGCAUGGUGUCGGCUAUCGCGGCUGGGGCAAUGGCAAGGUGGGUGCAUACUGCUGCAGCCCUAAGGACAACAUAAAGUUCGUUGGCAAACUCAGUGAUCCAUCAGCCAUGCCUUAUGUCUACACCACCCGGGAUGAUGCAGAGAAUGCCUGCAAGAAGUCUGGAUACCGACGACUUUGCUACAGAUCGGAGAUUGAGUUCCACAGCGAGUGCAAGGCUGGAUGGAUGAAAGACUUCAAGGGCUACUGGUUCGACAGGACACAUCAACAUUGUGGCACAGGCAUAGGAUACCGCAGUUGGGGUGCCGCCGACGCAGCUGGUGCUUAUUGCUGUGAGAAACUCGAACUGCCUUUGUGCCAUGAAGAUCGGUUGUCAGCUAGCAAGGGCGUUUGGCGCUGUGAUGAAUACAGUGGCACGACUGGAGAGGAGAAUGCAUGCGUCGAGAAAUACCAACAGAUUGAAACGGAUGGCAAGACUCGGUAUUUCAAGUGCGUUGCCAGCAAUGCGGGUGGAGGCAGAUUCAAUUGCCUUGCUGGUGAGUCGUGCCAACCCAUUUAUCCGCGUGGGCUCCCUGAAAACCCCUACACCUGGUGAGUUUCAGAGUCUCAACAGCACGCGGCGAGAAACAGAGUUUGGC